UCCGCAAUAGCAGAAGCACACUCUUCAUCAGCUGCGCAUCUCAUCGUCUCCGGAGCAAUCGCGGAUCGCCGUCGCCGUCGCAGCAGAGCGUCGUUGCCAUCCGUGACUGCCUCCUCCGUCUGUGACUGAUUAUUGCUAAAAAUGGUUAGAGUUAGUGUGUUGAAUGAUGCUCUCAAGAGCAUGUACAAUGCUGAGAAGAGGGGAAAGCGCCAGGUCAUGAUUAGGCCUUCUUCAAAAGUGAUCAUCAAGUUUCUCAUUGUGAUGCAAAAGCAUGGAUAUAUUGGGGAAUUCGAAUUUGUUGAUGAUCAUAGGUCUGGCAAAAUCGUAGUUGAGCUCAAUGGAAGGCUGAACAAGUGUGGUGUGAUUAGUCCUCGGUUUGAUAUUGGUGUCAAGGAUAUCGAAGGAUGGACUGCAAGGUUGCUUCCGUCAAGACAGUUCGGCUAUAUUGUGCUUACUACUUCUGCCGGAAUCAUGGACCAUGAGGAAGCAAGGCGCAAGAAUGUUGGAGGAAAAGUCCUUGGUUUCUUUUAUUAGACUUGUUUUGUUGUGUUCGAUUUGGAUUUUAUAUUACUCAAAAGUGUACCCAGAUUUUGUUGCCCUUACUGUUUUUUUGGAACAAUGUUGUUCUUGCUGACUAAUAUGUUUAGCAGAUAGUACUAGACAAGUACAUCGGUUUGUGUUGAUUGUUGAAUCACAUUUUACUUUUUACCCC